GAAACAGUGCAGUGCCAGCAGAAAAUGAAUCGGAAGUAUUACUUUUCUUUUUUCGUGAGUUUAUUUUUCAAAUCAUUCUGCACUUAGUAGUGUUGAAUGCCCCAGCCGUGCGAAAUCACAGUGUCGACAGUUUGUGGAAUGAAUAGGCUUAUCAGCUUGAUUUGAUGAAACAGGGUGCCGACUGUGUGGAAAACGUUGCACCGGCUGAGAGCAGACUGAUGGAGAAGGCAGAGCGGUCCUGCCCCCCUCAAUGACCAUCUUCAGCUGCUAGCGAUAAAAGUUCUCGCUGGCGACACUCUAACUAUGGGCCAGUACCAUGAAAUCCCUUAACUACUGCUGCCACUAAGUCGGUCGUGGAACUCUUUCACAAUGCCCGGCUGCUGGUACAGCUGGAAGCUCACAGUAGCCUGAUAGUAACGUUACAGGCCUGCUUUUACCAUCUCGAAAUUUCUUGCCAGGUGAGAGCAGGCCAGCUAGCACUGCUAGCGUUAGCCUUUUCCGCACUGCACCUGUAGGUUUUGAUAGUGCAGUUUUUUCCUCUGGCCACACCUGUGCAUUGACAUCUACCAACUGGAGGAACAUUUAACUUCAAAAAGUAUUUUUAUGGGAUUCUUAUCGGCGAAGAGAGAAGCGGGCAUAAGCUAAAAUGGUGAACUGGAGGCGGCUGCUGCGAAUGUCCAACCGAUCAUUUUUGGCCUUCAUAUUCAUCUUCUCCAUGUCCACCACUUGUCUCUACUUCAUUUACGUGGCUCCCGGAAUAGCCAACACAUACUUCUUCAUGGUGCAGGCUCAAGGCAUCAUGUUGAGGGACAAUGUGAGGACCAUCGGCCAGAUGAUCAGAUUGUAUACAAACAAGAACAGUACUCUUAAUGGGACAGAUUAUCCUGAUGGCACUAACUCCAGUGAAUACCUGGCCCAACCAACUACUUACCUCCCUGAGAACUUUACCUACGCUCAGAACCUCCCUUGCCCAGAACGAUUACCUUCUAUGAAGGGCCUUAUGGAAGUAAAUAUGACAGAGGUCCCUAUGGAGGUGAUAGAAAUGAAGUUCUCCAAGUUUUUUGGCGUCGAGUUUGGAGGCCAGUGGAAACCAAAGGACUGUAGACCUCGCUGGAAGGUGGCCAUCCUUAUUCCAUUUAGAAAUCGCCAUGAACAUCUUCCCAUCCUUUUCCAACACCUUAUCCCUAUGCUUCAGAGGCAGCGACUGCAUUUUGGCUUCUACGUCAUUGAGCAGAGUGGAAGCCAGCCAUUCAACAGAGCCAUGUUAUUUAAUGUGGGAUUCAUGGAAGCUAUGAAGGACUUGGACUGGGACUGCUUGAUUUUCCAUGAUGUUGACCAUAUCCCUGAAAAUGACAGAAACUACUAUGGUUGUGGUCAGAUGCCCCGCCACUUUGCUGCCAAGCUGGACAAAUACAUGUACAUUCUUCCAUAUAGUGAGUUCUUUGGUGGUGUGAGUGGGCUCACUGUGGAUCAGUUCUGGAAGAUUAAUGGUUUUCCCAAUGCAUUUUGGGGUUGGGGUGGAGAGGAUGAUGACUUAUGGAACAGGGUUCAGUAUGCCGAUCUGAAUGUGACACGACCAGAGGGGGAGAUUGGCAAGUAUAAAUCAAUUCCUCACCAUCACAGAGGAGAGGUGCAGUUUCUUGGGAGGUAUAAACUCCUAAGAUAUUCUAAAGAGCGGCAACACUUGGAUGGUCUCAACAACUUGCGUUACAGUCCACACAUCUCGCUUAGUAGUCUCUACAAGAACAUCUCUGUGGACCUUUAUCCUGAGCUUUCCCCUAUCACAGAGUACUGAACUGACCCAGCCACAUCUUCCUGCACUCCCUGAGCUCACCCUGUUCUCUUCCAGUCUGACCUCCUGGUGUUAUCUUCAGCAGUUCAGAGGUAAAGCUGUGGAGAAGAGGAGGUGGCACAGGCUCUGAGGGAUAAAGAGAAGCGCCAUAUAAUGCUGCCAAGAAAUCUUGCUGUGGAAAAAAUCCAAUCCAAAUAAAAAAGUUUUUUUGUGUUUCAAAGGCAGUGGCUAGUUUCUAAAGAUGAACAAUUCAUUCUGUGUGUCAGUUGAAAAAUGUGUGGGUGUGCUGAGUGUGAAUUGAUGGGUUUGUUGCUGCAUGUCGUUUUGUUUGUACCAGCUUAACUACAAGUCGACAUUAAUCUUGAGCAGCAGUUAUCUCAACUCUAAUGUUUACUGCAAAGCCUUAAUGUGGCAAAACCACAGCUCCCUGCUCUCGGCUCUGCACUGCUUCACGUCUGAUGUAUAAAACCAUCACCUUACAAGCCAAUAAACAUUUUUUUUCUCAACUUUUAUUUCAUUUGUUUGAUACAUAUCAUUUUGUUAUAACAGUAAUCUUUUUAAAAGAGGGACACACUGUUAACAUUUAUAUACAUAUAUAUGUAUGAUGUACAUUUUUUUUCCUUAUUUUGAUAAAUUGUAUUUAUUUUCUGUUUCAGGAUGUUUAGUAUUUCUCUUUUGUCUUGUUUUUUCUCCUGCACUGCUGCUGAAUCUGCAUGAACAUGUAUGUAAAUAUCAGCCUCUUAAUGAUCACAGAACACAGAUAUGUAAAUAGUCUUUGAAUGCUUGAGCAAAUACAGUGAUAUUCCAGUGGAUAUGAAUUUUAUUUUGGCAGCUACCCUUGAUUUGAGUAUUUAAUAAGAGUGAAUCAUUCCUUUCCAGCUGGAAGUUCUAAUUAUGUAAGAUGUUUGGGUCAAAAAGCAUCCACAUCUCAUUAUUUGUUAGCAUCUUUUGCAUGCCUUAAUUUUUUUAUUUUUUUUUUACACAUUUUUUUUCAAACAUAAAUUAAUUUCAUCAGGUAGAGAUCUGCGAAUUUAAAUUAUUUUAUUUCUAUUUUUUAAAUGUGCACUGUACAAAUAAAGGUUAGAUAAAGCAUGACUAAGGCGCUCCAUGACUUUGUAAAAAGAGCAUGGCUGGCCAGCGUGUCCACACAAUAUGCUCAGUACAGGUUCAUGGUUUCACAUAAGUCUAUAUUUUUUGUCUCAGAUGUUUUUUAUGAUUUUCUAUGCUUUUUUUUUUGUUUGUUUGUUUGUUUGUUUUUUUCCAAGUGCUGGACGAGAUGAUAGACCUCUUUAUUGUACUGUACCAUGUAAUGAAGCAUGGCAAUUUGAUGUGUGGAUGAUGUUUCUGGACUGUGGCUUUAAAUGUUUGGGGGCUUUUUUUAAAAUUUCUUCCAAAGUUGCCAAGCAGUGAGAACAGCCAGAACGAGAGAACAUUGGUGUGAGCUUCUCAUAGGUAUUCAUGCUGUGAAAACAGGUUUUUUUCUAAACCUAAGCACUAGAGAGCGUAAUGAUAGAAAUGUGUACACAGAAUUUUUGGUGACGUGUUGACCGUUAUGAUUCUCUGUGUCGCUAGGAUUUAAAUUUGACCAUGAUUUGUAUGUUUGGAGAUUUUAUGUUGUUAAAUAGUUCUCUGCCCACGUUUGUCCUGGACUUUAUUUGCUGAUUAUUGAAUCCUGUUAAACGGCUUCAGAAUGAACCUCUUACUCUCC